AUGUGGAAAGAUGUCCACAUCGCAAUCAUAAAUUGCAACCGGUGUCAACGCACUGGCAACAUCUCUAGACGCGAUGAAAUGCCACUUAAAGGUAUUUUGAAAGUAGAAGUCUUUGACGUGUGGGGAAUUGAUUUCAUGGGACCAUUCCCAUCUUCUUUUGGUAACAAGUACAUACUCAUUGCUGUCGAUUACAUAUCGAAAUGGAUUGAGGCUAUAGCCUCUCCAACAAAUGACGCACGAGUGGUGAUUAGGCUCUUUAAGCAUAUAGUCUUUCCUAGAUUUUGUGUGCCGAGACUUGUCAUCAGUGAUGGUGGCUCCUAUUUCAUUUCAAAGAUUUUUGAAAAGCUAUUAUUAAAAUAUGGAGUCCGACACCGUGUAGUAACACCCUAUCACCCACAAACGAGUGGGAAAGUAGAAGUCUCAAAUAGAGAAAUUAAGCAAAUCUUGGGAAAAAUAGUUGCCACCUCUAGGAAAGAUUGGUCUUCAAAGUUACACGAAGCCCUGUGGGCAUAUAGGACAACUUAUAAGACCCCAAUAGGAACCACACCAUUUAAGCUAGUUGAUGGAAAAUCGUGUCAUCUGCCAGUAGAAUUAGAGCAUAAAGCAUAUUGGGCCGUUAAGACCCUUAAUCUCAAUUAUACUGCCGCAGGCGAGAAAAGAAUAUUAGAUAUCCAUGAACUAGAAGAACUUAGAUUAGACGCGUACGAGAAUGCCCAGAUCUAUAAAGAAAGAACUAAAAAAUGGCAUAACAAUCGUAUAUCGAGGAAAGAGAUUAAUGAGGGUGACAAAGUACUUCUGUUUAACUCUUUCCAGGAAAACUUCGUUCUAGGUGGUUCGGUCCCUUUGAAAUUACCAAAGUUUUUCCAAAUGGAGCGAUAA